AUGAAUAAUUUGCAGCUGGAGAUGGCACCACUGGGUGCGGAGAGUCAUGGGGAUUCUGAUCCCCUGCUUAAGGAGAACGCCAGAUCAUCUGGGAGCUCUAUUUGUGAGAUAAACAAUGAACCUGAUGUUGAAACUGCUUCCUUGCCUUGUUGCAGAAUUUGCCUCGAGUGCGACGGUCAGGAUGAUGAUGAAUUGAUAUCUCCAUGCAUGUGCAAGGGUACUCAGCAGUUUGUGCAUCGCUCUUGUCUUGAUCACUGGCGGUCUGUUAAGGAAGGAUUUGCCUUUUCGCAUUGCACAACCUGCAAAGCUCAAUUUCAUCUACAAGUGGCAGAUUCGGAGGACAACUCUUGGCGCAAAAUAAAAUUCAGACUUUUUGUGGCACGUGAUGUCUUCCUUGUAUUUGUGGCUGUACAAACUGUGAUUGCAGGAAUGGGUGGCUUUAUAUACCUCAUGGACAAGGAUGGAACAUUUAGGAAUUCAUUUAAUGACAGUUGGGACCGCAUACUGUCAAAGCAUCCUAUUCCAUUUUACUAUUGCAUAGGAGUUGUUGCUUUCUUUGUGCUGGUCGGGUUUGUCGGUCUCAUACUGCAUUGCUCCCUAAACACCAAUGACCAACGGUUAGCUGGCUGUCAGAACUGUUGUUGUGGCUGGGGUCUCUUGGAUUGUUUUCCUGCAUCAAUGGAAGCAUGCUUUGUUCUGGUUGUCAUUUUUGUUGUUGUCUUUGCCAUUCUUGGCAUUGCCUAUGGUUUCCUUGCUACCACCAUGGCGAUUCAGAGGAUUUGGCAGAGGCACUACCAUAUCCUCACUAAGAGAGAACUAACACAGGAGUAUGUAGUGGUGGAUCUUUGCGGCAGUUACUCACCUCCCAAACUGGAUCCGGAACAUGAAGAGCGUCUGAGAACCCUUAAGCUGCUAUCCAGCAUUGUUCUGGAAUUGGUGGUUGCUGCUGAUGGAAUGGCAGGAGCUGCCAUGUAUGAACUUGUUCAUGUUGGUCAUGACAGCCAUUGGGGAAAUUAUUCGGUUGGAAGGAGAUUCUGCCACGAUUUAAGUUUAUGA